AUGGCUUUGAAACAGGCGGUGGCGAAGAGUGAGUACAUAUUUAUUCAGAAAUAUGUGUGCAGAGAUUGGAAGGUCUUCGUGUUAGAUCGGCUCGCUACUCGCAUUGUUUCUUCAUGUUGCAAAAUGCACGAAAUUAUGAACAACGGAAUCACUCUGGUUGAGGACAUUACUAAGCGAAGGGAGGUUUUGCCCAUUGAGGCAAUCUACCUAAUCACCCCAACGGAACAGUCGGUGCAGUCUUUGAUGGAUGAUUUUCAAGGGUCUCGCAAUCAGUACAAAUUUGCACACGUUUUUUUCACAGAGGCUUGUCCCGACGAACUUUUCAAUCGAUUAUGCCAUUCCAAUUGUGCGGUUUUCUUGAAGACACUGAAAGAGAUCAAUAUUGCAUUCCUUCCUGUGGAAUCUCGUGUGUUCUCUUUGGAUUCACCUGUCAGUUUCCAAUACUACUUCAAUCCCACAACAAGGCAGCAGGGGCAGGGGCAACAGUUGGAACGGAUUGCUGAGCAGAUCGCCACUCUCUGUGCGACACUCGGGGAGUACCCUCUUAUUCGUUUUCGGAGUCAGUAUGAAAAGAACGCAGAAUUCGCACAGUUGGUGCAACAGAAGCUGGAUGCAUACAAAGCUGAUGACCCACAAAUGGGCGAGGGCCCGCAGAAAGACCGAAGUCAAUUGAUCAUACUAGAUCGUGGUUUCGACCCCAUUUCACCGGUUUUACACGAGCUGACAUUCCAGGCCAUGGCAUAUGAUUUGUUAGCAAUUGAGAAUGAUGUAUAUAGAUACAUUAGCACUUCCGGUCCCGAGGAACGUAUCAAAGAGAUUAUUCUCGAUGAGACAGAUGAGUUAUGGUGCGAACUGCGACAUCAACAUAUUGCAGUUGUCUCUCAACAGGUUACAAGCAAAUUGAAGAAGUUUGCCGAAGAUAAGCGCAUGGUUGGCGUCAACGAUAAGACAUCCAUGCGUGAUCUAAGCCAGAUGCUGAAGAAAAUGCCGCAGUAUCAGAAAGAAUUGUCAAUGUACUCAACCCACUUCCAUUUGGCGGAGGAUUGCAUGCACACUUAUCAGAAUCACACAAACAAGCUGUGCAAAGUUGAACAGGAUUUGGCUAUGGGCACGGAUGCAGAUGGUGAACGAAUUAAAGAUCACAUGCGAACUAUGGUUCCUAUCCUCAUUGAUCAAUCUGUUUCUGCGUACGAUAAGCUUCGUAUCAUCUACCUGUAUGUUGUACAACGUGGCGGGAUCAGUGAGGAGAAUUUGGCAAAAUUGAUCCAACACGCACAGAUCCCGUCCGCUCAGGCGUGCAUGAUUCGCAAUUUGGCUCACUUAGGUGUCCCGGUCAUCCAAGAUGCCGUUGGUCCGGGUAUUGGUCGAAGAAAGGUUCCUCAGCCGUAUCUGCCUGCCAAUAGGCGCCAGAGAGAGGAUGGACCGCGGUAUCAGGCUUCUCGUUGGACUCCGUAUGUGAAGGAUAUCAUGGAGGAUGUUUGUGAAGACAAAUUAGAUGGAAAACUGUUCCAAUAUUUCGGUGGUGGUCCUGUCCGUGGCCCAGGUGCUCGAGGUGGCGCUGGUGCGGCUCCCAUGUCUGCUCGGUAUGGUCUUUGGCAUCGGGACAAGAGUCAACAACCUCGUUCCGGACCGCGACUAAUUUUUUUCAUAGUUGGCGGUGUGUCCUACUCGGAGAUGCGUUGUGCGUACGAGGUAAUGAAUACCGCUUCCGGGAAACAAUGGGAUAUUGUAAUAGGCGGGACGCAUUUGCUGGUACCCGAGGCGUUCCUGGGUGACUUGGAGAAAUUGUCCUAUCCACCGGGAGCCGCUCCACCAGCGCUGGCUGGAGGAAACGCAACAACAAAUGUGGUAGUCGGUGCUGGAGGCGAACCAGUUUAA